AUGUCCAACAUAGAGGAUAUAAACAAGAAGAUUCAGGAGCUCGAAGGACUCAUAGAAAAGCAAUCGAAGGUGAUUGCCACCACCGGUCAGAAACUAUUGGAAAUACAAGUCAAAGAUGUCAAAUCUCGCAUGACAGAACUCGACUCAGGGUCCAACAAACCACAUUCGUUUGAUGCUGCUGAUUACGUUGGGAAUGAUGACAUCGUACAACUUGUAACCGAGUUACAGUCACAAUUGGAUAAUUUAGAGGAUAGAGCUACUCGUCGAACUUACAAUUCUACAUUGACCAAAGACGAACAAAAAUUAGCUCCUUUAAGCAACAAAGACGGCGACGAACCGCAAUUUACACUUCCAUCGACAUUGAAAGAGUUUAAAGAUAUGACUAAAGACAAAGUGCUCGAGCUCGGUAUAUUCUAUGAGAUCAUUUUGCCCAAUGAAGAAGAGAUAAAUGAAGUUUUGGAAAGGGAUACCGGUAACAGUAAAAAUGACAUAAUUAAUCUCGCCAAAAAUAAGGAUAUUUCGAAAUUAGAAGACCAAUUUAGUGACGAACAAGUGGACGAGGUAUACGAUGAAUUGGCCAGGUAUUUUGGAAUCAGACAUAGAAAAGUCAGUGACGGCUGGUAA